UCCCCCACCAACACAUGUCUCCCUCAGCCGCGGAAUAACGUCACUUCAUUCCUUGAUUCGUGUGGAAUCUAACCUCGACCCUGUUCCUGGAACAUCUCUCUCUCAUUCUACAUUCAAUCCACCCAUCUACAAUCCUUCAAGUCUUUUGUAUCUUCUCCAAGAAUCGCCAAUUCACAAUGCCAAUCCGGAAUCUAUUCUCAAAACGGCCAGACGUUCAUACUGGUUUAACGCCAGCAGAAGAGAAUGUUAGGCCCUUGGAUCAGAAUGGCACACACCCUACAUUUGAGAAAGUUGAUACAAUGGGGUCAAAGUCCUCUGCAAUGAGCAUUAGAAGCAGGCGCAGCGAGGAACCUGUUGAAUACAAAAUGAGUGUUGUCAAUGACAGUGGAGUGUAUCUACCGCCCUCACCAAUAGAAAAGAAGGGUCUUUGGCCUCGACGAUCGAACGUUUCCAGAACUUCGAAUAGUACCCGUAAUAGCGAGGAUAUCGAGCCCUUUUCAAUCUCGCGCGAAUCAUUCGAUUCAUAUCGGAGGUCAUUUGAUAUUUCGGCCAGGUCUCCUAUAGUCCAGCCAGAGAAUAUGCGGCAGAGUCUUGAUUCUGCAAGAUUGCCCAGGGUACCUCGGUCAGCAGUUCGUGAGCGACGGUUUGAGAAGCAGCCACCCACAACAGAGGAAGCAUUCGAAGACGUUGGGCUGAAUGAUGAGCAGACCAAGCAGGUGAAGAAGAAGGGGUUCUUCUCAAGACUCGCAGAUGGCCCAGAAACCAGCACCCAAGCUUCUACAGGCUCCAGAUUUCACAUUGGGGGAAGAAAGAGAGGGCAAAGUGGUGUGGGAGAGGAGCUGGGAAGUAUCCAACCCCCUGGGACUGCGGGUAUAGCGAAGGAGGUUGAGGAGGUCCAUUGAGAUGCUGGCUUUCCAUAUCUGUAUUUUACUAUACAUGAGGGCCAACAUAUCUGGAUUUGAGGGCGUUCAGGCACUUGGUUUAUGGUACCUCGGCCCUAUCACAAUCGUUGAAGGUGGAGGGCAUCGUUAGCCCUGGUCAACGCAUCGGAU